UCCCGUGAAUUUAUCACCCGCUGCCCCAACCCGAUUACAGUUGCCCACGGCUAUUAUUAGCCCCAGCUGCCGUGCUUUGGCAGCGGCGACCGGCCGGCGUCUCUAUAUCUCUCUCGCCCGUCCAAUUUGAGAAGCCGUGACGCAGGUAACAACAAACACAGACUCCGUACAAAGCAAGCCAGAAAGCACGAAUUUCGCGGACCUGGCCGACAGUAGCUCGUAUCGGCAGUCCAUAACUCGUUGAUCCGCGAGCUCUGGCUCUUCCCGAGUGUCGGUCCGCGAAAGCGGGCCACCCGAGGGCCCCUAUGGAGUUCACGCACCCGAGGAGCUGGUUCCAGGAGAUGGGCGUCACCGACGGUUGGAAGCCCGAGGCCUGGACCGAAAGGUGCGUGUCCUCGGUGCGCGCCCCUACCUACUGGUCCGAGUGUCCCCUGCAAUCGUCCCCGUCGGACGUGUGGUAUCAGUACCAGCACCCCCCGCACCAGGAGCAGAUUUCGCACGACUCGGCGCUUCAGUUGUACCCGGCGCUGGCCGACACUGUCAACGAGGAGGACAACGUAGACGAGGAGGAUGCGGGGGACGAGAGGGAGGACGCGUUUCGGCUCGAGGUACCGACGAAGCUGCAGAAGUCGAACGAAAACCGCAGGGUCGUUACUGCCGUGUCCGACGCGCGGUUCAAUCCAGCCGAGAAACCGUUACCAAACAGCCAAAGUGCAAGGCAAAGUCGUAACUUGGCCGAGAAGCAGCGGAGGGACAACCUCAACGCGCACAUCACGGUGCUGCAGAAUUACAUGGGCGAUCAAGGCAAAAAGUCCGACAAAAUCAACACUUUGCGAGCAACUUCCGCUUUCUUGCGAAUGUGUUACGUUUUUAAUUGGAAAGGUCGGAAUAACGAAGAGAUGAGAGCGGAAAAUUUUGACCCGGUAGAGCAAAAAAUCCGAAAAUUGAUAUUACACGCGUCGGUUGGAAAUGAUGGUUUUCACAUUGUCAUCACAUCGGCUGGAAGCGUCGUGUGGGUCAGCGAUCACAUUGAACAGCAUCUCGGUUACAAUAAGGAAGAAGUGAAGGGGCAGCCGUUCUACACGUACGUGUACUCGGCCGAUUGCCAGCAGGUGCAGAAUUUCCUGACGUCCAAAAAUUCGAAAUCCCUCCCGACAAUCACCGAGGACAUUGGCUGCGACGACAAGCAAACCAUGUACUUUCGCAUAGCCACGCGCUCGAAUUCACGGAGGGAGGACACGCGUUACGAAUUCGUUUCCAUGAGCGGCAUCAUACGACUUAACGACACUUGCAGAAAGAGGAAAAAGAACUCGGGUGAUAACUGGCAACUGGAAAACAGAUCAAAUAACGAUGUUGUCUUCAUUGGGACUAUAACUUUACUAAACAGAAAAAAAAUCGAAGACAUUGCAAUUUUGGAUUCUACUAAGGACGAAUAUGUCACGAGACAUUUGAUUGACGGCAAGAUUAUUUUUUGCGAUUAUAGGAUAGCUACGAUAGCUGGUUAUCUUCCUGAAGAAGUUAGCGGAUUGAACGCCUUUAAUUACAUUCACAAAGACGAUCUUCAAUGGAUUAUGAUGGUUUUAAAAAGCAUGUACAAUAUGUUGAAGUACUUUGGAAAAACGUGUUACAGACUGCGAACAAAAAACGACGAUAUUAUUUAUCUUCGAACGCAUGGCUAUUUAGAAUUCAAUAGAAAAGAUCAAGAUUUUUUGUCGUUUGUUUGCGUCAACACUUUAGUAACGAAAGAAGAAGGGGAAAGGCUUAUGAAUGAGAUGAAGGAAGCAUAUUCCGGAACAUACGAGCAAAAUGCAAAAUCUUUAAAACACAAAUUCGACAAUGAUUCAUCAGAUUCAUCAGAUAGUUUGAAAAUAAGUGAAUAUGAAUCACCUACGCAAGAUCCUGAAGAACUUGAAUUAGCGAUUCAAGACUUGGUUAGUGGCAUUCAGGCGCCAGAAACGAUAACAAAAAAGGCUUUAGAAAUAAUCGAGCCACCUCCUGAGCUGGAGUAUAAAAAAGUUGUCGCAAUAUCUAAAGCAAUGCCUCCAGCUAAUUUUCAAGCACAAAAAAUUGGCGUAGACGACCCGGGGCUCCAUCUGUAUAAAAGAAAAAAAACGAAUCACAGUGUACUAAAAAAUAAAGUUGACGGGUCGGUGUCCGAGUGCACUUCUGAAGAUGAAAGGUCAGUGGUGGAAUUGACUCACAAGAGAGUAUCGGAAUCUGAGGAAACGAUAAGUCCCUUUUCAAAUAAAUCGGAUGGAACAUCUGAUUCGUCAUCAUUCAACAUCACGGUCACGGAUAAACUUCAACGGUCAAAGUUAAGAAGAUUGUAUGAUGAUACGAGAGACUUGGCAUCGAUGCCAGUGAAAAGAAAAAUUCUAGAUCUCCGUGAAAAUCUGAAAACGAUAAAUAUAGAUGAUUCUAAUCAGUGUAUCAUUGGAGAAUUAGAUUAUCCAACUUACAUCCAAGAUGUAAAUCAAGUUACCGCCGAAUCAACAGAAAAUCAAUGCAUGGAUACAAAUGAACGACUACUAAACUCUAGUUAUAGUAGUAACUCAGAAAUAGUUGAUAAAUUGUUUAAUAAUCUUCCUCUAUUGAUUCAUCAUAAUGGAACUCCCGGAGAAUAAAAUAUUUAUCAGUUAAAUAUUGUAAAAGUUUAAAUCUUUUACGAUAAAACAGUAAUUAAAGUUGAAAUCGUCAAAUGAUAAAAUGUAAUUAAAAUAAUUGCUCCAUUUGGCUAAUAAAACAGGAGAUUAUAUAAGAUAUGCGGGUAGCAGAAAGUAUAAAUUUUAUUUAUAUCGUUUCUGGUUAAAUUAAAUAAUGAAUCUAACAUUUAGACUCAGCUUGAUAGGUCUUUUCAAGCAUAUGCAAUUAGCAAUCUUAAAAGUGACUAAACAUACUCUACCUAGUGAGAGAUGAUAUUCUUCUCGUUACAAGGCAGUUUAUGCUUGUAUAAGUUAACGAAAGAUAGAGGGUAUCGAAGUUCGGCAAUGUUGCAAAAUAAAGGUGUUGUGUCUAGUCGUUUGAAUAUUAUUGUACAAAUUUAAAAUAACCGAAAAUUUUAUAAUACAAAACUUGUAGAACAAAAGAAUUUUCAACUGACUAGACCAUAGCAGUGCAGGGCAUUUCUUUGGCGAGUGCAAAAUGUAGUUGAAAAUAAGUAGAAUCGAUUGAAGAGAAAACUGUAACUGCUAUUUAUUGUUUGCUAAGGCCGGCUGAAAAGAUUGAACAGCUUUCGUUGUUGAUAAAACGUGCCCUACAUUGAUUUAUUUGUUCAUGUAUGGUUAAUGUUUAAAUUUGUAAAUAGUUCAUGUAGUUUAUAAGAAUUUUACCAAGUGGUGUUCGACUUUAAAUUGUGUACAUAAUUCUGGGAACACUGAGUGCAAAAUAUUUAUGCUAAGAUACAGAUAAUCAAGGUUGUAUGAUGUAUUUACUUUAUUUGGUACCAUUUUUAAUUGGCUCAUUUACAAGACUGCAACGUGAAAAUUAUCAAAAAAUCAUGUUUUAGAUCAAUGGAGAAAGAGGGAACAUCAGAGGUAUGAUUUUUUUAUUUCGUCAUGAAAAAAUAGCUAGUUGAUGAAAAAUUCGUAUAAAAAGUAACUUGAAAACACAAAAAUUCAUGCGACUGAGUCAAAAACGUAAUUCUCAUUUUCUAUUCAAGCUUGUGGAGUGUUUUUCAUGAUAUUUUUCUUUCAGUUUAGAUAUAGAAAUUGAUAGUCAAAAUUUAUAUUAUUUCUCGUGGUCCCUCUUUUAGGAAUGUUAACAGUAGAUGAACGUCGUUACAUUUUUUUCACGAAAACAUUCAUAAAAAUAAUAAUGAUUACGUUUUAUUUAUCCAGACGUUUCGACAUAGAAUCUUACUACAAUUUCUUUAGCUCAUCGUAAUUUCAGUAACUAUACGAAGAAAUUUAAUACUGUUAUCAAAUACAUUUAAACAAAUUUUAAUCGAAUUAUAAGCAGAAUCGUAGAUUUUUUAAAAAUAUAUCGAGAUAUUUAUUAUUUUCAGCAAAAAAUGUUCAACAAAAUCUUUUGCAAGAACGUUUGUAAGCAUUUACAUGAUAAUGAGCAUGAGGAGAGUUUACGUAAACAUUUAUAAAAUUAUUUAUACAGGUUUUUGUGCAUGCUUCGAAUACCAAUCUGCACAUGAAAAUUUCAAGUUCUUUUGUUGGUUCUUACAUAAGUUCUUAAAAUUCUUGCAGUUGUACAUUUUUAUUCGUGAUUUGGUUUAAGCAUCCAUUUUAUAUAUGUACAUAUUCAAAAGGUUUUUUGUAAACAAAAUUUUUUUACUAGUGUCGAUACAUUUUAAUUAAUGUUUGUUUACACGCGUUUCAUGAAUAAUAUUGGAGAUGCAUCUUUUAUCAUUAUUAUUUUUAUUUUUGUUUAAACUUAAUAUCAUUAUUUUAUAAUUCACUAUUAUUAUAUUCAUUAUUAUUAUGAUUGUGUCCGACUAGGAUAUAAUAACUAAGCAGUCAAUGAAACGAUCCAUUAUUAAAAGAUAUAUUGAUGAAAAUUGUUGAUUGAUAUUACGUUUAAAAGCUAAUGGAAUAAUGAUCAAGGUGAAAUUUCGAAAUUAUUAUUAAAGGUCGUGAUCUCGAUUACGUUGAAAAUCUUGAUCGAUUGUAUCAUUGCUGUCGAUUGCAUGUUAAUAAACAAUGUUUUUGUGCAAAAAAUGCAGUCUCAAAUAAGUACUCGUAAUCUCAGUGUUUUUUUACUAAUUUCCAAAUGAAUUCAUAGAAUGAAAACUCGACGCGGUUUGUCAAUAAUCGUACAAAAUAUCUUGACGACCAAAUUAUUCAACAUAGCUCAUUGACGCGUGUAAAAUAUAUCAUACUUACGUUUAACUUGUUAAUAUUGUGAAUUACGAUUGAAACAAAAGCUAAUAUUAUUAACUUACCUGCAGAAAUUAUGAAAAAAAAAAUUUGUCGAUUGUGCAUCUCCUAAAUGUAAAAGGUUUUCUCGCAAGUCGGAUUGUCUAAAAAAUUUUUACUUAUUUAUCACUUCUUUUAUUCUAUGUCCGUAUAUGGAACUGUACAAACAAUUGUGAAUAUUUCAAAGGUGAGAUUUUAAAAUAUAUUUAAGCACUAUUUUUUAAUGUACUUAAUACAGUAUCAUCAACAUGAAACAAUUACUUGAAAUAGGCAACCAUUUUUCGAGAAAACUUUAACUAUUUAAAAAGUACGUAAUUUCGAGAUAUUCUCGACAAAGUUACAAUGUACAAAAAAAAUGUUUCAAUUGCUUGCAGCGUGCUACUGGAAAAUCAUAAUACAGCUCUAUAUUUAAUAUAGGGGCCAAAAAAUUCAAGAGUGAUUUGAUCACAUUUUCAUUAUAUGGUAUAACUUUAAAAAGUCUGAUGAAAUUAUGAGCUAAAUCAUUAUUUUCUCGUUAAGAUAUGAAAAUGUUUGUUUCUGGAAUAAAUUCUUCGUGGUGUUGAUAAAUGAUAUAGAUAUACUUAAAUCCAAAUAUUCCUUGGCACAUGAGACCACCAAGGUAUACCGUUAUAGUAAAGAGGGCAAACUUGAUAAGCCUACGUAGCACGUUGUUGUAGGAGCAGUUUAUUUAAAAUUGAUUGUCUGAGAAAGUACCUGUCAAAUUGACGAAAUUCUUGAAAAAUUUAAACUUUUUAUAAGUUGUUAUCAAAAAAUUUUAAGUUUUAAUCGUUGGUUUGGCAUAAAUUAUUCGUAGAUAUAUUUAAAAUUAUCGACUGUUUUUGUUGACACGUUGGAAUACUAAAUUUAAAAAACGAUUAUUUUACUAUAUAAGGACUAUAAAUUAAAACAAAAAUUUAACGAAAAAUAGA